GUUACGUUUCUCUUCUUCCCCUCUGCCCUCGUGCACAUCCAUGGGAGUGUGGGUGCAUUCACGAGGAGUGGCGUAUUCAACUUUACUGCGGAUGGAACACUUACAGUGGAUGGCCUGGCUGGAUUUCCCAGGCUUAAAGGAAAAACAAAGAGAAUCGUGCAUCUCCGUAACGCAGAGAAACCAGGUAAAACCAGUUUGGAGGGUUUUGGCGUGAAUCGCUCGAGGCGUAUUCAUUUGCGUACACGGAGGACCCUGCCGGAUAUAAAACUGCGAGUUAGACUUUGGUUUCGGCAUCAGUCCACUUCAUCUCAAGUCAACAAUAAACAAGUGAACGUCAUGUCCCUGCAAAACAUUUUGGUUGUUCUUUUGUUCUCAUUGUCCGCAGUUGUUGCCCGGCCAGCUGAAACGCCCGAAACGGUCGAUGCCCGUCAAGGUUAUAAUUUAUCCAAUCAAGGACAGCAGAUUGGUGUUCCCGGCGCCAAUUUCCCGUCCAUUCCGAAUUUAAUUCCCGCAACUUAUCCGGCCACUCCAAUUGGAUCGGUGGGAGCUUUCCCUGCCAUACCUGUUGCGUCGCCUGGAGCUUAUUCGACCGGAAGCAACACUCGUCCGGCUUACGGCUACGACAACGCUUUCCCCGAUCAGGUCAAUUUCUCCGGAGCCGAUCCUAACCGCAACACGGCUGCCAGUGUUUCAGCUCCUAUUCACAAUCAAGUGAGUGGAUUGAUCCCCACCAACUUGUCAGGCAUCUCCGCCAACGCCUUUUCGUCCGUUUUGUCAAAUUUCAAAGUCUAAUCAUCAUGUCUCAUUCUCCUCCACGGUUAUUAUACGUAAAUUGCUUCACUCGAAGAUAUUCCUAAAUUGUUUGUAUAAAUCAUGUUAACCGUACCGUCAAUAAAAUGUUACAUUUGUUGUUGUUACAAAA